AAAGAAAGAAAAGAGCAGCGUCUGUGGCUGUGCCGGUCGAGCACAAGUCAGCUUUAACCUUAACGCACAUCCAAAGCACAAGCCAUGAGCCGGGUCUGAGCCUGCAGAGCCUAGAAAAAAAACCCACUCACGACUGAGAGAGGAAUCCGAUGAGAGGAACGGCUCAGAGAGAGUGAGCUGCCGUAGAUUGUCCAAAGGGGCAGCGUUUCUCCCAGUUCCGGUUUGUCUGCCUGUGUGUGCUGCGCGAGUUGGGACCCUAAACAAAAGGCUGCCAUCAUCCUAAAGGAGAUAUUCAACUGCGAGAGCCCGUCUGCUUGAUGCUAACUAAACAUGAGCUCUUAUUUUGUUAACCCUCUUUUUUCUAAAUACAAAGGCGGCGAGUCACUGGAGCCAACUUACUACGACUGCAGGUUUCCACAAAGCGUUGCCCGCAGCCACACGCUGGUUUACGGACCCGGAGCAGCCGCACCGGGCUUCCAGCACCCGUCCCAUCAUGUGCAGGACUUUUUCCACCACGGGACCACGGGGAUCUCGAAUCCAGGAUACCAGCAAAACCCGUGCGCUUUGGCUUGCCACGGAGACGCAACGAAAUUUUAUGGAUAUGAAGCCCUUCCGAGGCAAACGCUUUAUGGUACCCAGCAAGACGCAAGCCUAGCGCAAUACCCAGACUGUAAAUCGUCGAGCAGCUCUAACCCCGGAGAAGGACAAGGCCACUUAAAUCAAAACUCUUCUCCCAGUCUUAUGUUUCCCUGGAUGAGACCCCACGCCCCAGGCAGACGGAAUGGGAGGCAAACCUACAGUCGCUAUCAAACUCUUGAACUGGAGAAGGAGUUUCUCUUCAACCCUUACCUGACCCGUAAGAGAAGGAUCGAGGUGUCCCACGCCCUGAGCCUCACCGAGCGACAGGUGAAGAUCUGGUUUCAGAACAGGAGGAUGAAGUGGAAAAAAGAGAACAACAAAGACAAGUUUCCGGGUCAGAGGGGAGAGGCUGAAGCCGAGGGCGAGGAGGAAGGCAACGAGGACGGUGAAGUGGAAGAGGCAGAAGAGAAAGAAGCGGAAGAGAAAGAAGAGACCAAGGAGUGAUUUUAUGGUCCUUUUUAUGGUUAUAUGGCUGAAAAAGGGAAGAAAAAGCAGAGAGAGAGGUCCCAUAAACAGAUGAAGAGUCACAUAAGGAGGCAGAGAGCGUCAACUUUAUGACCACCCUUUCAUUUUAUCAAGAGGGAACAGGAAUCCCGCUAAUAUUGUUGUCAUAAAUAGACAAAAUUCUCCCUUCUCACAAUUUUCCUAAUCCAUGAUUCGCACUGCUAUUUUUUUUUUAUUUUCAUUUUUCUCUAGAUGCUACACAAGCUUGUGGCAAUAAAUAAAUAAAAAUAAUUUCUUUGAUAGAAUUGUUGCCCUGCACAAAAAAACAAGGGGUGAAUUAAAACGCAUGUUAGAUGGAAAAAAA